AUGUUGAGAAAAUAUUUUAAUGGAUCGCUGUCGAAUGAUGUGCACGAAUCAGUCAGAGAUGUCUGGGUGAGAGCGUUGGUGGAUCGUUACAGUGCACCUGAUCGACGGUGUCAUGGUCUGAAUGAUCUGAACGACUGUUUGCAACAAUUUGAAACGGCCAGAAGCUUAGUAAAAAAUCCAAAUGCAGUGAUUUUAGCAAUAAUAUUUCGAUAUUUUGAAUAUGACCCUAAGUUAGCAGACUGCAGUGAAGACAAUAUCAAUCAUUUUCGAAGGUUCUCCGAAGAAUCAAAACUUAAUAUGGAUACAGUUUUGUGUGACAAUGUUAUUUCAUUGUUAAAAGUUGGUGCAACAAAUAGUACAGAAGAACAUAAAACUGAAGGAUGUUAUGGAUGUGAGGAUAAACAUUACUUUUUGGACGUAGACAUGGCCAUUCUAGGUAUGGGACCGGCUGAUUAUGAAAAAUACACAAACCACGUUCGAGAAGAAUACGCUUUCCUUGAUGAAGAAACUUAUAAAGAAUUACGUAUAAAGGUUCUUGAAAGUUUUCUACAAAUUCCUAACAUAUAUGCAACAAAGUUCUACAGAGAUAAAUAUGAAUCAGUGGCUAGGAAUAAUAUCCAAAGAGAAAUUAAUUCCUUAAAAUCUGUAUCCCUGUAA